ACCCCUACCACCACCACGCACCAUGAGCGAACGCGAACGCGACCGCGACCGCGACCGCGACAGAGACAGAGACAGAGAGAAACGACGAGACAAGGAGGAGCGGGACCGAGAGCGCAGCCGCGUCAAGAGAUCUCGUACGCCCGAGCGCAGCCGACCCUCCCGGCACACCCGUUCCCGCACGCGCUCCCCCGAUCGGUACCGCUCACGCACCCCGGACGACCGCUCCAAUAGGCGCAGCCACCGCCACAUCCACCACCGUUCCCCUUCGCCCAAGCGCAGCCGCCGACGCAGCCACUCCACCGACGACAAGGAGCACCAGAAGGCCGUCGCCGACUUUGUGGACGGAAUCGCAAAAGAACAACAGCAGCAACAACAAAAGCAUAAGAGCAAGGACGGGGUUAAUGGUGCAGGAGGAGAAGAGGGACAGGUGGAGGAGGGUGUGGACGAGGACGAGCUUGAGAUGAUGAAGAAGUUUGGGAUCCCCACCGGAUUCGAUUCCACCAAGGGCAAGCCGGUGCUCGGAGCCGACGUGAGCGGCAUCAGAGCCGUCACAAAGCGCCAGCCCAGGCAGUAUAUGAACCGCCGCGGCGGCUUUAAUCGUCCGUUGCCGGCCGAGCGCAACCGCUGAUAUUGGGAAUGGGUAGUUUAGUCUUGCAAGAAUUGAUCAGGUGCCAACUUGGAUUCUUGGAGCCCACGGUUAGGACUGAAGCGACUGAGGCCAUGUAAGACUUUUCAUUUGUUUUUUUUUUUUUUUUUUUGGUAUUGAGCAUCUGGUGACUGCUUUCUUGAGACUCUGAUUAUUGUAUUUUAUUUUUCUAUAUAUUGUUGGUAGUGAUUAAAUGGCUGGCCUCAUAUAUUAUUAUAUCGGGGAUUACUCGUAUGGUCCCUCUGAGAUGUCGUGUGCUGUAUGCAAUGAGAUGAUCCUAGCAUCUAAUCUGUGGACUUCUUGACUAGUCAAUUUAUUCAAGUCCUUGGCUACUUGGCCAUAUCUUGUGAGAGUGCAAUGUUUCGAGGACCCAAUAUGUUUUUUUUUGUCAAGACAGCUAUGCUUUCUUUUAUCACAAAUGGAUGAGAACACACAGAUGGAUAUCAUGUGUAAAUGUGUUUGUUUUGCUUGUAUUUCUGU